AUGUUAAGACGAAUAGUGACAUGUGCUUGUUUGAUAUUGGUUGUGCACAGUUUUCUCAUCGAUGAUCGUUCUCCAUUCACUUCACUCGCCAAAUCCAUCUUCAACGUUCUCAAAAUCUCUCGAAAAGAAAGCCCGGUGGAUAUGGAAAAAGCAGAAUGUGCAGAAGCGCCACCAAAGAGCCGAUUGCCGAGUAAAAAAGAACUACAAGAAAUGCUAGAGAAAUCGGAGGCUGAUGAUUAUAAAUAUACGAAACAUGAAAGAAAAAAGAGACAAAUCUCACGACAGAGCUACCAACAAUACUUGGAAAAUCUCGCCAAAGCUGAUUAUGAUGUGAGAAUUGAAGAAAGAUGGCAAAAUAUUUUGUAUCCAUUUGGUGGAUGGGCGAUGGACGAGCAAUUGAUGGGGCAAGCUGGCAGGGAAACACAAGCAAAUCUCGGCUUUGAUUGCCCGUUUUUUGGUUUCAGAUUUAACUAUACAUUUGUCUAUCCAAUGGGUAUGAUCUCAUUCGCGCAACCGCCAUUUGUCACUCCGCCUUUUUCUUUUCCCAAUCCAUCAUGGCCCAAUCAACGAGAUCAUUCAUUUAUUGCUCCAUUUUACGCGGAUUCAAUCUUUCAAUGGAUUGGGAAUACAAAGAUUUCAAAUGUUUUCUUUCGCUCAGUGCAUAGGCCAAGAUUAGAUAAUGAUGACUUUUAUGAUCCUUCUCUAGAGAUAAACGAUCGAUUGUACUCACCGGUUGACAUAUGUCUU